AUGAGAUUCGCCUACACGGUUCUCUCGCUGGCUCUCCUUUGCAAAGCGAGGAAGUGGAAUGAUACCGGAAAAGGGACCAUAGUUUUCGAGGAAGCAUGGACCAUCCCCGAGCUUCUCAACAAUACCCCCCCUCCUGGACCUCCAGGAGAGACAGAGGCGCAACUGCAGGCCAAUCUAUUGGACAUCCACAAUCAGCGACUAGCUGAGAUGGAUGCGAAUGGGAUCGACUUCAUGGUCCUAUCAUGCGCUAGUCCUUGUAUACAAGGAAUAUCUGAUCCUGAAAAGGCUGCUGGCAUGGCAAUUCGUGUCAAUAACAUUCUAGCAUCGGCGAUUUCGAACAAUACUUUCCGCUUUAGCGCCUUUGCUGCGCUUUCUAUGCAUAACGCUUCCGUGGCUGCACACGAACUGAGGCGCGCCGUCAAGGAGCUCGGCUUCGUAGGUGGACUGGUCAACGACUAUCAGCAAUCUGGGGCUGACGAUAAUACUCUUCUUUAUUAUGACCAACCCGAAUAUGACGUGUUCUGGGAAGCGGUGACAGAAUUGGAUGUUCCUGUCUAUUUCCAUCCUCGUACCAACGUACACCUUAUACAAGACUUGUCCUAUGGACACGCUCCCUGGCUAUUUGGACCUACCCAGGAAUUUACCACCACUCUUUCCACGCACAUACUAGGUUUGUGUACGAAUGGCGUCUUCGAUCGGUUCCCAAAGCUCAAAGUAAUAGUUGGCCAUUUGGGGGAACGCAUUCCUUCCGACCUCUUCCGAAUUGAUGACCAACUAGAUCGGCAAAGGCCUGUAGGAAUGCCCAUGAUACGAAACGUAACAUCAUAUUGGCGCACGAACUUGCUUGAGACGACAUCGGGAAACUUUGCUACGGAUAUUCUGCUCCUUCAUAAAAAGACCAUCGGAUUAGAUCGAAUUUUGUAUUCCAUCGACUAUCCCUAUGUGCCGAUUCCUCAAGGCACGCAGUGGGUUAACGGAUUGGAGGGGACACUGUCGAAAACGGAGCUUUUACAGCUCAAAAGGGGUGCUGCAAUCCGAUUGCUGAAGUUGAAUGAUUGAGUUCACUUGAGUCUAUGAUUGCGUCUUCUGUACUAAUGUGAUUUUCAACCUCUACCACAAUGUACAAUGUAAAUGUAAAAUGAGUACAGUAUCGAUAACAUAGUGAUUUUGACAUCUCC